AUGGCUGAUGCCGCGGCGGCCGCGCUGCUCGACGCCGCGCGCGCGGAGACUCAGGCCGCCAACGCGGCCGCUUCGGACCUCGAGACGCAGCUCGCGCGGAGCGAGGCGGCGAAGGCGCGCCUCGAGGCCGCCGUCGGCCUCGCUGCCAGGGAGUCGGCCCAGCUCCACGGCCAGGUCGACGAGGCGCGCGAGACGCUCGAGCUCUGCCGGCUCGACCUCGAGGCGGCGCUCCUCGAGAAGGAGUCGGCGGAGGAGGAGCUCGCGCUCGCCGUCGAGGAGGCGAAGCUCGCCGGCGCCGCCGGCGACGACCACGAGGCCUCGGCGCUCCGCGGCGCGCUCGCGCAGUUAAAGGCGCUGAGCGAGGCCGACGCGGCCGCCGCGGCGUCGCGGCUCGCCGCCGCCGAGGCCGCGUUCCGCGCCGCGAGCGUGGACGGCGCGUGGCGCGCGGCGCACGAGGCCGAGCUCGACGAGCUCCGGGAGCGGGCGCGCGACGACGCGGCGAGCCUCGAGCUCGUGGAGGCGCUGAGCGGGCGGAACCUCGACCUCGAGGACAGGGCGGAGCGGCUCGCGGCGCAGGUCGCGGACCUCGAGCGCGACCGGGACCUCGCGGACGAGCUCGACGGCGCCCAAGCCGAGGAGCUCGAGAGCUUACGGGAAGAAGCGUCCCGGUGCCGCGCGCUCGCGGCGUCCGCCGAGGCCGACGCGACGGCGCUGGGCCGGUCCGCGGCGCACCUCGCCGCGGAGCGCGACGGCGCC